AUUACUGACAGAAUCAUUUUCAGGCAGCACAGAGAGGACCGGGAUGCUCAUUAACUGUUCAGACCUCUUAGAGUCAUGAUGCUUGCAGGUUUCCUCUUUCUGCUCCUCCUCACAGGUGGAAGUCCCGAUAGGUUCCUAGACCAAGCAGAGCCUUCUAACGUUCAACAGAUGUCUAAUUACAGCGUUGAGGAAAGUGGAGAUACCGACAAUAACACAGAGGUUAAACCCAACUUCGCAGAUGAUGAAGAUCUGAACUCUGAGGAAAUCUCUAGGGAAAACUGUAGUUAUCGGAAGGUUUUAGACUACCUGAAUCUGAACAAAAACAACGAUACGUACACCAUCACUCGACCUGUUAAAGACUUUAACACAACAACACGGGUACACCUGCAAAUGGCGAUCUAUGGCGUCCUAGAUGUGAGAGAGAGAGACCAGACUUUUGUUCCUUAUGUUUGGAUUUAUAUGAAAUGGCGAAAUGAACACAUUAGGUGGCGUCCACUUAAUUAUUGUGGAAUUGAACAGGUGGUUGUUCCUACUGAAUUAUUGUGGAAGCCAGAUCUAACUAUUGAAGAGAUGACAGAGAAGGACAAGGCCCCUCCGAGUCCUUAUCUUACCAUUGACUAUAACGGCUACAUCACACUGAGGAACGACCUGAUGAUAGUCAGCACGUGCAAGAUGCAAGUUUACAAAUUUCCCUUUGACAUUCAGAGCUGCAACCUCUCUUUUAAGUCUGCUGUGUAUUCUGAUGACGAAAUAAUGUUUGAAACCAUCGAAGAUGUUUUCAAAAACACAGAGUGGACUCACCAGUUGAUGCGGACCCAGUACGAGUGGUUGUUCAUAUCCAUGACAGUUAACAUCAAAACUGUCACCGAUCUUAUCUUCAACCAAAGCAUGAUUGUUUACACUAUCAAGAUGAGGAGGCGGUCUAUCCUCUACAUCGCCAACUUCUUGGUACCCAUCAUGUUCUUCUUUUGUCUGGACUUGGCCUCAUUCCUGAUCUCGGACAGCGGGGGGGAGAAGCUCGGCUUCAAGGUCACUGUGCUGCUUGCUGUCACUGUGAUGCAGCUUCUUCUCAAUGAGAUUCUGCCUUCGUCGUCAGACAGGGUUCCUCUCAUAGCGGUCUUCUGCAUUGGGAUGUUUGGUUUGAUGAUGCUAAGCCUCCUGGAGACAAUUUUGGUGAUGCAUCUAAUGGAGAAAGACUCUGCAUCCCAAGACGAUGAGGCAGAGAUGAAGAAAUGGACUCACUGUGCUUGUGUUUGUGACGUGUCUGCUGAUGAACCUCCAUCUGAACUGCUGUCGGUGGCUAGAGAGGGCAACAGCAGCCAACUGACGGAUGAGUCCAAUGCCUUGGAGAAGGUCUCAGAUGAGCUGAGGGAGGUGGAGAAAACACUGCUCCUGCUCCUCAACAGCAGGAAGGAAGACGGGAAGCCCGGCUACUGGACCAGAGUGGCUAAAACAAUCAACAAAGUUUUCUUCAUUUUCUAUGUCACAGUGACCAGUCUGUUUUUAGUUGUUAUCUUUUUAAUAUGGAACUAUGCACCAGACGAGUAGUGGCAAAGUGUAAAAACUGGAUUAAGACAAUGUAUGCUAAUCUAACACACACACACACACACACACACACACACACACACACACACACACACACACACACACA